AUGUCGCCAACAGGUGGCAUUUUGCCAAUUAUCAAAGUUGGAAUUGAUUAUGGACAACAAAAAGAAAAUAUAACCAACUUCUUACGAUAUGCCAAAGGUGUCGUACCUGCUUUAAGCAUGAAUGCGGAUCGUACAACAGACGUUCUCGGUGCUGUUUCAAGUAUGGACGUUGAUGAUGAAGAAGAGGAAACAGAAAGUGUGAUGGAUGAUUUGCAUUCUAUGGAUCUGGAUGAAAGCCAUCCAAGAACAAGAAGGAGAAGGAGAGAAGCUGAUACAUUGAAAUACAUGGAACAACUUCAAAAAAUUACAAACAGAGAACAGAAAGCAUUGAUUGUAGAUUUGAAAGAUUUGCAAGAAUUCUUGAAUGCUCAGAUGCGAGGAUCAGGAACGGAUCUUGCCAUCGGGAUCGAGGGAAAUGCAUCACACUACGUUGAGUUGAUCUCAGAAUGUGUUGAUUCGAUCCUAGCAGAGAUGACACCCACAGUCGAUAUCUCACACAAAGAUGACGUUUUGGAUGUCAUCAUUCAUCAACGUCAAGAACGUAAUGCACGUCAAUCCCAAGGUCGAAGCUUGGGUCCUGAUGCUAUGCAAUCACAGAUGGAUGGUGAAGAACAAGAAGAUGCAAGCCAAGCCGCACUUCCCUUCCCACCUUCUUUGCUUCGUCGUUACACAGUCUAUCUCAAACCACUUUCAGCAACAGGCAAAGAUUCAAAGCCAAUGGCUGUACGCUCUAUUCGUGCUGAGCAUAUCGGAUCUUUGGUUACUCUACGCGGUAUCGUUACCCGGGUAUCAGAAGUGAAGCCAUACUUGCAAGUUGACGCAUAUGCUUGUGAUCAAUGUGGUGCAGAAAUUUUCCAAGAGAUCAAAGGAAGACAGUAUAUGCCCUUGACAGAAUGUCCGGCAGAAUGCAAGCGCAACAAUGUCAAAGGAAGUUUGUUUCAACAAGUUCGAGCAAGCAAAUUUGUUCCUUUCCAAGAGAUCAAAAUGCAAGAAAUGACCGAUCAAGUGCCCGUUGGACAUAUUCCACGUAUGAUGACAAUCCACAUGUCUGGUCCACUAACCAGGUCCCUCAACCCUGGUGAUGUAUGCGAUGUGAGCGGAAUCUUCCUUCCUACCCCCUAUACCGGCUUCAAAGCAAUCCGAGCUGGUCUAUUGACAGAUACAUUCUUGCAAGCGCAACACGUUCGUCAAUUACGCAAAAGUUAUUCAGCCUUAGAAGGAGAGCUGACAGCCGAAACAUCUGAACGCAUUCGAUCUCUUUCACGCGAAGGAGACGUAUACGAUAAAUUGGCCGCCAGUAUUGCACCUGAAAUCUACGGUCAUGAAGACGUGAAGAAGUGUUUAUUACUCUUAUUGGUUGGAGGUGUAACGUGUGAUAUGCCGGAUGGUAUGCAUAUCCGUGGUGAUAUCAACGUUUGUUUGAUGGGUGAUCCAGGUGUGGCCAAAAGUCAAUUGCUCAAAUACAUUUCAAAGAUUGCACCUAGAGGUGUUUAUACAACCGGUCGUGGAUCCAGUGGAGUUGGUUUAACGGCUGCAGUAAUGCGUGAUCCCGUUACCGAAGAAAUGGUUCUAGAAGGUGGUGCUUUGGUUUUGGCUGAUAAUGGAAUCGCAUGUAUCGAUGAAUUUGACAAAAUGGAGGAAUCAGAUCGAACUGCAAUUCACGAAGUGAUGGAACAACAGACGAUCUCAAUUUCCAAAGCAGGUAUUUCAACAACCUUGAACGCUCGUACAUCCAUCUUGGCCGCAGCCAAUCCUCUUUAUGGAAGGUAUAAUCCUCGUAUCUCGCCAGUCGACAAUAUCAAUUUACCAGCUGCUCUUUUGAGUCGUUUUGAUAUUCUUUUCCUCAUUCUUGAUACGCCAUCUCGUGAAGAUGAUGAAAGACUUGCUCAACAUGUUGCUUAUGUGCACAUGCAUUCUGAACAUCCACCUUUGACAUUCCAACCUUUAGAACCUCAAUUGAUGAAACAUUAUAUCGCCCGUGCUCGUCAAUAUCAACCAAACGUUACCAAAGCUGUAAGUGAAUAUUUGGUGAGCGCAUAUGUCAAAUUACGCAAUCAAACCAAAGAUGACGAAGAACGUGGUCAAGCAUACACUUAUACAUCUGCACGUACAUUGUUGGGUAUCGUUCGUAUGAGUCAAGCAUUAGCACGUUUGCGAUUCAGUGAACAAGUCGAAAUUGGUGAUGUUGAUGAAGCAUUACGUUUGCUGGACGUGAGCAAGAGUUCUUUGACCGUCACUUCUCGUCGUGAUAACAUUCAAGAUGGAACGACGAACGAUUACAGUAGUGUUACAAAAAUUUAUCGUAUCAUUCGUGAUAUGGCAAUGGCAAUCGGACAUGAAGGUCGUGAUGCGAUUCGUGAAUCUCGUUUACGUGGUAAACGUGCAGAAUUACCUCAAGGCGUUCAAGAAGAUGAAGAUUGGCUACAAGAUGAAAAUGCUCCAGGUCCAUUGAAUAUGCGUGAUGUACGCGAACGUAUCAUUGCUGCCGGUUGGGUAGAAGAUCAAUUACAAGAAUGUCUACGUGAAUAUGAAGACUUAGGUGUUAUUCAAGUUGCAAACGGUAAUCGUUUAGUGUUCCUAUAGUAGGAGAUUUCUCUUCUUUCUCUUUUUUUUAUGUAAUGUAUUUCGUAUGUGGUUCUUUCUCGUUGC